AUGAAGGAGCAAAAGGUGGUCUUGGUCACUGGAUGUGCCAAAGGUGGCAUAGGCUAUGAAUAUUGUCUAGCCUUUGCCGGAAAAGGAUGCCGAGUCUACGCCUCCGACAUCGCGGUUCGGGUUCACGAGAUUGCAGGCUUGCCCGAAAAUGUAAGUAAACUAGAAAUGGAUGUCACCUCCGAUGACAGUGUCACUAAUGGAAUCUCUGGAAUUUUAGCAGACUCGGGCAGGAUCGACAUAGUCAUAAACAAUGCUGGCAUUGGCUGCACAGGACCAUUAGCAGAGGUCCCCUUGGAUCAAUUAAGCAAAGUUUGGGAGGUGAAUGUACUAGGUCAAAUCCGAGUGGCUCAAGCAGUGGUCCCUCACAUGGUGGCACAAGGGUCUGGCACAAUAGCGAACAUAGGGAGUGUAGUCGGGUGGGCUCCGACUCCCUGGGCUGGAGGAUACUGCGCUAGCAAGGCCGCAGUGCAUGCAUUCACAGAGGUUUUGAGGGCCGAGCUCAAGCCACUUGGAAUGCAUGUGGUGCUAGUGGUGCCUGGUGCAGUGAGGUCAGGGCUCGGGAAGGCUAACACUGAGGAGCUGGGUAAACAACACUGGAGAUUGUAUGCAAAAUACGAAGAAGCCAUUGCCGAGAGGGCGAGGGCCUCGCAAGGGAGCAAGGCAACAGAUGCUGCUGUGUUCGCAAGACAUGUUGCUCGUAGGGUGCUUGGGGUCCGGCCACCCCCGAAGCAGAUUGUGUUUGGGCACAUGACAGGACUAUUCACAAUGUUGGCUUGGUCACCUAGGUGGGCGAGGGAUUUAUUCUUUGCCAAAAGAUUUGGUCUCAAGUAG